GUCUUCCCUCUUAGCUUCUCUUCCCAUUGAGUCACCGCGCGCUGUGAGCCCAGUUCGGGCGAUUUUUACCUACCGAAGCCUGGGGAGAGCGGAGAGACUGAGGCGGGCGUUCCAAUUAGAACGCUGGGGCAAAGUAGAGACUUCUCUCGGGGCUGCGGAGUUCCAAAGGAAGAUAAAAUCGCCUGUAGGUCGGGGGACCAGCCACAGGCAGGGGGAGGGGGGCGCUUUCCCACAGACGGAUCAGCUUUUUGCAGCCCUUGUUGAACAAGGGCGAAGAAUAGAGAUAACUGGGACCGAAAAAAUGAAUCGGAGUUUUAAUAAAUCUCAGAGUCUGCGGUUUUUCGAUUGCAACGCAGUGGAAGUCAAGAGUAAGUUUGGGGCCGAGUUUCGAAGAUUUUCUUUGGACCGUUACAAACCUGGGAAGUUUGAAGACUUCUACAAGCUCAUCCUUCACAUCCAUCACAUCUCGAACAUGGACGUGAUGAUCGGGUAUGCCGAUGUGCACGGUGACCUGCUGCCUAUCAAUAAUGACGACAACUUCUUCAAGGCUGUCUCGAGUGCAAAUCCACUGCUCAGAGUCUUCAUUCAGAGACAAGAAGAGGUAGACUACUGUAACUUUGGGACCAGCACAUUAACUAGGAAGAAGAAGGUCCUGGUUACCCUUCGUAAUGAUAACCUCCGCCGGCGUCCUCAUCUCAAUAUCAGCAUGCCCCAUGACUUCCGACCAGUAUCUUCCAUCAUUGAUGUGGACAUCCUUCCUGAAACCCACAGGAGGGUCCGGCUGUAUCGGCAUGGGUGUGAGAAACCACUUGGUUUUUAUAUUCGUGAUGGUACGAGUGUGCGGGUGACACCCCAUGGCCUUGAGAAAGUCCCGGGCAUCUUCAUUUCCCGCAUGGUCCCUGGCGGCCUUGCUGAAAGCACAGGGCUGCUGGCUGUGAAUGAUGAAGUCUUAGAAGUGAAUGGGAUUGAAGUGGCCGGCAAAACCCUUGACCAGGUCACAGACAUGAUGAUUGCUAACAGCCAUAAUCUUAUUAUCACCGUUAAGCCAGCCAACCAAAGGAACAAUAUUAUCCGUAGCAGCCGGAUGUCUGGUAGCUCAGGUCAGUCAACAGACAGUACAGCCAGUCACCAUAGCUUGCCUUCCUCCCAUGUGCUACAGAACUUCCACCCUGAUGAAAUGGAGAGUGAUGAAGAAACCGACAUUGUCAUUGAAGGAGCUCUGGAGCCCCAGCAUAUUUCUAAAACACCAAGUUUGCCUUCUGGCAGCCUCUCACGGGUCAAUGGCACCAAUUUCAGCCACAGACUACAGCGGGAUCUUACACUGAACAACUCCAGUAGAGAAAGCAAUGGCAGCCUCCACAAACUACUAAGUUCCCUAAAAUCAGAUCCACGUCAUAGUCUGGUCAUUCCUAGGGGAGGUAUUGAGGAGGAUGGAACAGUGAUCACCCUUUAGUGGUUCCAUUGUGUGUGUGAUCUGAAAAUGAAUCAGAACAGAAAUGACUAGAACCACACACACCCAGGACUAAAGGACCUAUAUUUUUACAAACCUCACAGGUGGAAGGAAAACUGCGGGAGAGUAUGAUCUCAUUGAUUAUAUGCAUAAUGGUCACAUUGCAAAAACACUGAGGGAGAAAUAACACAGAAAGUAGCUAUCCCCAAUUAAAAAUAAGUAGAAACUCAAUUGUAUAUUUCUUUUCCUGUUUGUCUUCAAUUUCCUUUUCCUGUUUGCACGGUUCUUUCAAAGGUAUAGAUUGGCAAAUAGAAAUGUUCUGUAAUUAUAAUGACUUUGCAAAUGCAUAUAAAUUAUAUUUAUAUUAAUGCUUACAUGCAAAAACUGGCCCAUUUGCAAAUCAAUUAUAUCACAUCCAAAUGCAAUAAAAGCCUUAUUCAAAGCUUUUAAAAUAUGAAACCAAGUUGUUGUAUGUAAAAAAACCAAAUGAGUUUGAAAACACAUACAAGUUCUCAAAUAAGGAUAUAAUUUACCAACAUUAAUUGGCCACUGCACAUGGGCAAAUCUCCUCUCCUUAUUUGCCGAUGGGUUUUACAAAUGUAUUGGUUCGUGCAUCUAGGCAUUAACAUUAUACACAAGGCUUAGUUAUAAGGAAUGAGGCUGAAUGUUACAAACAUAUCUGAGUCUUAAAAGGUACAGCUAUAUAUUAAAAAAAAAAAAAGAAAUAUGCUGUCUAUGCUGUUUGUAUAAAUCAGUCUAAUUACAUCACAGUAUUGUCAAAGUAGGCACCGGGGGUGGGUGGUAGCUAUCGUCCAUUACUUUAAAAAUUCUGGAGUCCCCUCUUUUGAAUGAGGGAAUUGAUUUUUAGGAAAAUCCAAAAGUCACUAGGCACAUUAACAAGGAAGAAGUGGUUUAAAAAAAGGAAGAGGAAAGAACCUAUAUAUAAUUUUUUCCAACGUCUGAAGGCAAUUCCAAAAAAUGUCUAUAGCAGUGUCAGUGCUUUGGGUAAGCGUGUGACCCCCCCAAGGUGACUAUU